CAGAAAGUAAGACGUCAUUUGAAUGAGGAGAAAUGAAACGGCAAGUAAUUGAGCUGCAUCGAGAGAAACUGAGCUGUUCCAUCUGUCAGGAACUUCUAAAGGAUCCAGUCACUAUUCCCUGUGGGCACAGCUACUACAUGAUCUUUAUUAAAACCUACUGUAAAAACUACUAACUACUAAAAACUAAUUGACUGCCAUUAUUCAUUUGUGGUGUCUGGCAAAAUGAGCUCAGGACAAAGCACAAAAUGUAUUUAAAGGUCCUUUACUAUUCUUUGUUAUUCUGAACAAAUUGAAUUCUUAAAAAACAAAACUUUACAGUGAAAAUUAUCCUCUGAAUGAGUCCAUUAACAGUUACAGUUGAGUGGUUUCCUGUUUAAAUCAAAACACAUAACUCACAUUAACUAGAAGAAAACUCACAGCCCUUAUACUUAUUAGAUAGAAAAUAUACACAAUACCCACUAACAAAUGCACUGCUGAAAUGGUCAGAACAGUACUGUAUCAAAUUACAAGAACAAUCUGUCUACUCCCUUUCCUGGAAUAAAGCACACGUGUCUAAGCCCCACUCAGUUUAUAGACUGCUCACCUCAAACAUUAGUCACACCCUACGCUCAUGUCAGUUUCUACAUCGAAGAAACGAAAGCAGCUUUUAUCUGGUAACUGAAAGUGAAAUGUCACAGAUCUCCCUCAAAAGGAUAUUGGGUUUGAAUUUCAGUGCAUAUUUGCAUCCGGUAACAGAAAGGAAAUCUUUUAGACAUUUACAGUCGUGGUGAGGAGACAUGGCGCAGCAAGGGAUUCAGCUGGAUCAAGACAAACUGAGCUGUUCCAUCUGUCUGCAGCUUCUAAAGGAUCCAGUCACUAUUCCCUGUGGGCACAACUACUGCAUGGACUGUAUCAGAAAAUGCUGGGAUGAGAAGGAAGUACACAGCUGCCCUCAGUGCAGGCAGAUUUUCACACCAAGGCCUGUCCUGGUGAAAAACGGCAUGCUUGCUGAGUUAGUGGAAGAUCUAAAGAAAGAGGAAUGUCCGACAGCUUCAUCUGAUCAUGCCUACGCUGGACCUGGAGAUGUGGCCUGUGAUUUCUGUUCUGGGAGGAAGCGGAAAGCCUCCAAGUCCUGCCUGGUGUGUAUGGCCUCUUAUUGUGAGCAUCACCUUCAGCCUCACUACAACGUAGCUCCAAUAAAGAAACACAAACUCAUCAAAGCCACUUCAAAGCUUCAGGAGAACAUCUGCCCUCGCCAUGAUGAGGUGAUGAAGAUCUUCUGCCGCACUGAUCAGCAGUGUAUCUGUUAUCUCUGCUUAAUGGAUGAACACAAAGACCAUGUCACAGUGUCAGCUGCAGCAGAAAGAGCUGAGAGGCAGAAAGGGCUUGGACGAAAUCGGCAAAAAUUUCUUCAAAGAGUUCAGAACAGAGAGAAAGAUGUGAAGAUGCUUCAUGAAAGAGUGGAGGCUAUCAAUCUUUCUGCUGAUAAAGCUUUGAGGCAAUCUGAGAAGAUGUUCAAAGACUUGAUCAGUCUCAUUGAGAAAAAAAGCUCUGAGGUGAAGCAGAAGAUCAGAUCCAAGCAAAAAUCUGAACAGAACAGAGUCAAAGAGCUUCAGGAGAAAAUAGAGCAGGAGAUCAGAGAUCUGAGGAGGAGAGACACUGAACUGCAGCAGCUCUCACUGACUGAGGAUCACCUCCAUUUUCUGAAAAACUACUCCUCACUGUCACAUCUGAGUGAAUCUACAAACGUACCCACCUACAACAAUCUUACUCUGCAGUACUUUGAUGAUGUGACUGCAGCUGUGUCACGGGCCAGAGAUAAAGUGAAGGCUCUUCUCAGUGAGGAAUGGCCCAAAAUCUCAGUUGGAACAACCAAAGCAGAUAUUUUACUGCCUCAAGGAGAACCCAAAACUAGAGACGACUUUUUGAAAUAUUCUUGUCAGAUCACUCUCGAUCCAAAUACAGCACACACACUGUUGUCACUGAGUGACAGCAACAGAAAAGUAACACUGAUGAGCAGAAACCAGUCAUAUCCAAGUCACCCAGACAAAUUCCUUGAAUGGUGGCAGGUCCUGAGCAGAGAGGGUCUGACUGGACGCUGUUACUGGGAGGUGAAAUGCAACGGGAUGGUUGGAGUAGCUGUUGCAUACAAGGAUAUCGGCCAUAGAGGGACCAAGGAGGAAUGUGGAUUUGGAUUAAAUGACAAAUCCUGGGCGUUAACAGUUUCAGUCAGCGGUUAUGAAUUCACACACAACAACAUUCCCACUCCCAUCCCAGGCCCUCAGUCCUCCAGAAUAGGAGUAUAUUUGGAUCACGGGGCAGGAACUCUUUCUUUCUACAGCAUCACUGAGACCAUGAAUCUCCUCCACAGAGUCCAGACCAGGUUCACUCAGCCUCUCUAUGUUGGACUGUGGCUUCCACAAAGUGCUGGACACACUGCUGAGGUGUGUGAGCUCAAGAAGAGAAUAAACAUAAAACAGUGAAAUUUGAUGCCAUGUGCUACUUGUUGAGAUGUGUUUAUCUAUCCUGCACCUGUUAAAGAUGAAUCUUUAUGGAUAUAAGUAUAUUCUUUAAUUUCUUUGAUUGUCUUGUUUUCAAUAGCUAUUUGGGUAAAACGGUUUAUUUGGCAAAAACAAUAUUCAUUUCUUAUAUAGUUUAUAUUUAACCACUGUUUUGUUGUAACAUUAGCAAAAAAAAAAAAAAAAAAAAAAAAUCCAAAUAUAUGUUGGAAUCAGUUAUUAUAUCUUAAUGCAUGCUCAAUCAUCCAGGAAAGGAAAUCCCAAAAAACUGAUUCUGUUCAUCUGGACAUAACGUUUCCAGUGGGAGAAAAGUUUGGUCACUUGGCCAUUCAUCAAUGGUUACUGAUCAACGCUCAUGACAAUUUGCAUAUUGUUGAAGAAACUGACCUCACAUACUAUUAUUCAUUCAGUGGGCUAGUUUCAGUUAUUGUGCAAAUGUACUGUUUAUAAGGUCGGGGGAAACUGCAGUCAGCUGAGACUGAAGAAGUCACUUGGAUGAGUGAUGUAAUGUUUCUCCCACUGGAAACUUCCAGAUGAACAGAAUACAUUUUUUGGCACUGUCAUUAUAAUUGUUGCUUUUUCAAUUUUGUUUUUAUUUCUAUACUUAAACAUUUUACAAUCCACCAACUUAAUUUCAGUUACAUUUUCAUGAACCUUUUUUUUUUUUUUUUUAAUUUACUGCUGUUUGUGAAAUAAAGUGAGCAAUGUACACUAAACUUUCUUGUUUCAAGAAAUAAAAUAUCACUAACAUGAUGAAUGGAAACU